AUGAGGAACGUUGCAGAGACAGGGACAAACCGUCCCUACGUGAUGAGGAAAGACAGUCUGUGUGAUGCACUGCCGAAUCAUCCCUAUGUGACCCUGCCAGAGCAGCGCUAUCCGGUUAAUACGUAUGCACGAGGAUACCAUGGGUCGACAGGCGGAGCCCUGCUAAAGGGGGGCACGUCAAAUGGAAGUCAAGCCAUUCCAACCGCCCAGAUAAACAGUCUGGCUGCACUUAAAAUGGGAAAAAUGGGAAGUCACCAAAUGGAGUGGGUUCGACGUAGUUACGGUGGGAGUAGUCAGGAGAACCUGGCGGGUGGGUCAGGGUCUUUGCUGCAUCUGUAUGAAAAUGAUAAGCACUGGAGCGAUGACAGAAGGUUCGUGAACUCGUCGGCGGAGCACUCUUCAGGGGUUCACCUUCCAAUGGUGUAUCAUUUAAGCGGGGAAGGGAAUACCACCAUGGGGGGAAGGAGAGUUGGUCUCAGUGCAAGAGGAGAACAACCCAGUGUGAGGAGCGUAAGUGAGUUGGCUCAUCACAACCAGAGGUUCCAGAAGGUGAAGGAAUCCCAUGGUGGGUAUUUCCCCCGGGGGAUGGAACAUACCAAACGGGCACCUUUAAUGAAUACUCAUUUUUUGGGGUCGUCUGAAGGGAGUAUUCGUCGGGAGGUUCUUCCUUCCUGGUGGGAUCAAAGAGGAGUGGAGAAUCCCUCGGGGGAUGGUUCCAAUGGUUACCCUCUUCCAGGUGUCCAAUACAACAAGGUGGGACUUUCCCCCAAAGGGAUGACGGGCGUGGUUCUGGUUCCACUCAAUAGGGAGACAAGAAAUGGGUUCACGAAAUGGGAUCAAAAUGGGAAGGAAGUAGAUGCAGGGUUGGUUCACAAGUGGAGCAGCGGUCAGAUGAGCAGAACAUCAGAGUAUAGCUAUAAGGACGUUGAACCCGUGACGUAUGGUAGCUGCUACCCUGAUGAUGCAUCUGUGGAGAGUCUCCCGAGGGAUUGUUUUCCCUGGGGGAGCAACGACGGGUUCCUUCAUGGGAAGGGUAAGAACCACUGCGAAAGCGGUGGACAGUGGUAUAACCAAUCUGCUGUUAGAAGGCUAUCAGGGGGGAGUCUCCAAAGGGGUGUUACGAAUAGUUGGGACGAAGGAGGUUACACAGAUGGGCUAGAAAGUCUGGAUUCAAUUCGUCCUGAAGGAGUGGUGGUGCACUCGUUGGGGAAGCCCACCGAUGGGGUGACCUCUCUAGCCAAUGAAGAAGCUUCCCGUGAGGAGGAUGCAACCCACCUCAGCCAGUGCACCUACAACAAGAGCGACUUCACCGAGUGGGUUUCGCACAACCGGUUGUUGAAAAACAUUAUUUCUUCGCACAAUGGGGAUGGUAACGUGGAGAAAAACGGACUGUAUAGUCUCCUGUUCGACGCGUACGGAAAGAACAAAGUAACGUUCCGCAGGUACGACCAGGGGGGGGACAACCCCAGCGUGGAGGAACAGAUUGGGCAAGUAGUUCAGGAGAUAGGAAAGGAUAAAACGGAAGACAAAAACAAGGACACAGAACGAAAAGGAAGACGAAGCAACGCAGUUGUGGAAAAGAUCAUCUUCCUAAAGUACCUGUUCAAUCAGUACGCACACACAGAGUACCCCAACUUCAUCUCUUUCAAGUGUUUCAAAAAAAUGUUUGAAACUUACAAAAAUGUUUUCUCUUCGGAGAAAAUUAUUCUUUUCAUUUUCAACUGCCUGGAUAGAUGUAGGAGGUACUACGUUAGCGAGUCGGACUUCCUUAUUGGCAUGCUGGCGUGCAGUCCUCACAUGGAAAACGAUAUAACCAAAGACACAGGGAGGUUGAGACAUCAGCUGAUCUUUAGGGCAUACGAUCUGGACAGAGAUGGAUAUUGGAGUAGGGAAGAAGUGUUUGUCUUUUUGUACCAUCUGUAUGAGUUGUCCAAAAGGGGGAAGCACGUGGAACUUAAGGGGAACAAAAAGAAGAUGAAAAAGUUCGUGGCUGCCGAACGGGACAAACUGAUGAACAAGCACGAGAAGAUCAGCUAUGAUCACUUUUACCAACUUGUGCUGGACGGGAAAGUGGAGGGUACGGAGAACCUCCUCAGAUCCAACUGCGAUGUGGCCACUGUCGUGAAGACGUACUUUCUCUAUACCUACUCUGGGGGAAGCAUCGUCAUCACGUCGGUUGACGCAGGUGAUGCAAAUACAACUAAUGCAGCCAGUGUGCCUAUGGAUGGGGGGAAGUGCGAGCAGGGGGAAGACAGUCUGGACCAAGUGGAGGGAACACAAUUAAAAGGUGACAACACGCAGAAGUGCAUAUCGGCAGAGUUCAGUGCAGAGUCUACCACGGGGGACCCCAACUCGGAGGAGCACCCUCAUAUAAGCGCCACUUCAAAUAAGGGGGAGGAUGAGUCGCCCGGUUCGGAAGGGGACCCUGAGGAGCUAGUGCAGAAAAAAACGGUGGAUGUAACAAGCAGUUCGAACAGCAUACAAAAGGAGAAAUCGGAGGAGCAAGUUGCGGAGCAACAACAGGAACAGUCAGAGGAACAGCCGCAGGGUGAGGGAGAAGCAGUGGUAGGAGAGGAACCCCCCUGUGGCCACUCGAAUGAGAACCCAAAGGGGAACGACCUGAAUAGCGCUGGUAAGAAGGACGAGGAGGUUGUCGAGGGGGAAGAGCAAAAAGUGGAAGAGUGUGUAGUACCAAAGGGUGAGGUGGAAAAUAGCGAAGCAAAUGCUCAGGAGAGCGUCCCCCCCGGGGAAAAACCAGACAAGGCAAACCUCACCGAGAAUUUACCACAUUUCGGGGGAGGUCAGGAGGAGGAACGCUCCACUCGGAUCCACCCCGAACGCAGUUGGAAGAGCUGCGUGGAAAAGAUAAAGGAAAUAGUUAAGGCGUAUAGAAAGAGGUACCUAACAGACAGGACAAGAUUGUUUGGACUGAACCAGGACAUAGCAUUUAAGAUAUUUACGGCCUUUUAUAAAGUGAGUUACAAAAGGAAGAGAGAGAAGUACAUCCGUCAGUUUGAUCAUCUCUGCACAGGUGCGUGUACCUACAACGACAUCCUCCUCCUGUGUGACGAAGCCGUGAAGGUAUUUAAGGGAGAGGAUUCAAUUGAAAAGGUGGACCUACCGUGUAAGGUGUUUGGAGAUUUACACGGCAACAUUUUCGAUCUGUUAGACUUUUUUAACAUGUACAAUUGGCCCUUACAUGGAGAGACGAAUGAAUGGCUGACCGUGGAGGAGGUUGCCACGACGGAUGGAAUGUCUAUCCCGAUGGGGAAACCAAAUGAGACACUUCCACACAUGGUUAGGCAGGAUAACGAUGUGAAGUAUGUUUUUCUGGGAAAUUAUAUAAACAGGGGGAAGCAUUCACUGGAGGUCAUUUGUCUGCUGCUCAGUCUGAAGGUCCUCUUCCCAAAACACAUAUACCUGCUGAGGGGUAACCAUGAGGAAAGGUUAUUCAAUUACGUUCAUGGGUUCUAUGCAGAUAUUGAGAAGAAAAUGGAGAGGAAUAUCAGAAAAGCAGGGUUGAUUAGAUACCAGGGGGAGGUAAUACAAGCUCAUGCGUAUGAACUGUUCAACCGGAUAAAUGACGCGUUGGAAUUCUUACCCCUGUCGGUACUGGUAGGUGGGAACAUACUGUGUGUGCAUGCAGGCAUUGGGGACAGCCUCGAUAACGUAGAAGACUUUGCAGAUGUGCACAAACCGAUUGUCGUUCCACAGUUUGUAGACAGAACGAGCAACGGUGCCUAUGAGCGUGUUCAGAAAAUUAUUAUUGACACGUUGUGGUCUGAUCCGAUAAACUAUGACGACGAACAGGACAUGCUUCUUUUGGAAAAAGUAAAACCAGGGGAAGAUAUUAUUCCUUCCAGUCGAGGGAACAUCACUCUGAAAUUUGGACAGCAGAGAUUGUCUUCCUUUUUGAAGAGGAAUAAACUGAAGAUGGUAAUUCGAGGACAUGAGUGUGUGCAGGAGGGAUACAGGUACGGCUACAAUCGGCGUUUGCUUACUCUUUUCUCAGCCACGAAUUACUGCAACAGGCAUGGCAACGAUGCGGCCAACGCGUUCAUCGUAAAGAGGGGCAAAAGCAUCGUCAUUUUUAACCAGAUUUUGAAGUGCCCUCAGGGGGGGCAGUUAAAUCAUGUAGAGGAAAGGGCAACUGGACCGGUGGAAUCGCCGCACGAACUGAACAUGAACCGGAAUGUCCACAACGAUGUUGCCCCCUCGGAAGUUCCCCCCCUUGGAGUAGAUCAUUGCAGAAGUGGUAGUCCAUUCUGCAAGAUUGACCAGAUUGAAGACGCCUCUACCGAUCGGAUGGGCAGCCAACCGAAAAUCACCAUGAGUAAAGUACCAUACAAUGUUAGGACCAUCGGGGGGCAGGAAGAAGAAGAAGCAGAAUCGGAGGAACUGCCAUGCAGGAAGGUGGACGAGGAAGUUACCCCUUUUGACCCAAAUGAGGAGUUCAAAUCGAAUGGAGAUGCAGUGCAGAGGAAAGACAACUUUCAGAGCAACCACAUUCUGAAGGAUAGCCAUCCAAUUGUUAAGAGAAAAUUGCGGGACACGAGGAGCAAUGAAGACAUGAACUGGGGGGUAGCUGUGCAGUUGGAAGGAAGAGAAGGUGCUAACCGUAAAGACGGUCGUGAUGGUGACUGUGAUGGUGGCCACUUCCUGAGCGAUGACCAUAAUAACAUAAGUGAUGACCAUUCGAAUGGAGACGGGGGAGAUGAUCACUUUGAGGGGGGUCCACUAAGGAAGAGCGUCAGUACGAAUGGGACCUUCUCCUCGGAAGAGGACCUCUACGGAGGGUGUUCACAUGGGAGCAGCGGAAGGAACUACACUGUGGAGAAGCUCUCCUCCAAACAGUAUCACUUCAAAGGUGAAGGUUUGGAGAAGGCACAGAAUAAACAAAAGAGUAAAUCCCAUUUGGGGGUAGAUGCCUACUGGGAAGGGGAAUACCUUUACGAGGAUUACCAACAAUGCUUGGACAACCUCUCCCACGGAGACGCUUUGAAGAAUCCCCCUUUUGAUGAACCCGCCAGCAGCGACGAAUUCCCAUGUGAAGGCGAAACGAAGCAAGACAGUCGAGUCAACACAAACGCCAUCAUCGAGAAAUUUUUCCAAAAUGGAGGAAUAGGUGAUCAUGGCAUUGGUGUGCAUAUUUACAGUGACCAUUUGGAGGACAAGGAAGUGGAAAGGGGGGGAAAUUUAAAUCAUUCCCAGUGUGCAAAGUUGACUCCCUUGUCAAAGCGAACGAACGGUGGGAAUGUGCUAACGGGAGAUGGAGAAGAUCAGUGGGGGAAAAGUGGAAAUUGUGCAAACCUGAUCGAUGAGCUGAUGAGUAAACCGAUGGACUACAUGAUGAUGCCGCCCGACUUGGGGGUGGUCAAUAGGCCAAAGUUGCGAAGGGACACCCACUCGAAGCAGUCGAAGGAGCACGGAUCCGCCACCCUGCGUAGUUUGCGAAGUUUGAAGAGCGAAAACAACACGAGCGAGCCGCUCACCAAGCUACAAAUGCAGUGCUUGCCGCCUGACCCCAAGCCGCAGACAAAAAUUUCCCUUCAAAAAAUUAUAGACAAAUUGGAGGACGAUGUGUAG